CAAAAUAUUUUGACUUUUUGUGUGUUUGCUGGCCCCCUACAUACGUACCAGACUGAUUACUCUCGCCCAGCAGCAGCAAACACAAGCCGCGGAAGGAGGGGACACAAGUGAUGGAGGAGCACGGGUUUGACAAUCUGCGCCAGAACCUGCCACUGAGCCAGGACUCCUUCAAAGAGCUGUGGGAUACUGUGCUAACUCCCUCCAUCUCCACAAUUCCCACAGCCAACAAUGAGACUGAAGGAUGGAGACCAGAUGGUAAUAUGGAAAUGCUGUUUUUAGACGAGCAUGUCCUGGCCCAGGGGUUUGAUGAAAAUCUGUUUGAGUUACCCCCCGAGAUUUCCACCAAAGACGGCGUUACUCCCCCGGCCUCCACCGUCCCUGUUACAACCGACUAUCCAGGGGAGUAUGGCUUACAGCUUCGCUUUCAGAAAUCUGGAACGGCCAAGUCUGUCACUUCCACUUAUUCAGAGCUUCUGAACAAGCUGUAUUGCCAGCUGGCAAAGACCAGCCCAGUUGAAGUGCUAGUGAGCAAGGCGCUUCCUCCGGGUGCUGUCCUCAGGGCCACAGCGGUUUACAAGAAGACUGAACAUGUGGCGGAAGUGGUCCGCAGAUGUCCCCAUCACCAGAAUGAAGACUGCGCAGAACAUCGCAGCCAUCUGAUCAGAGUGGAGGGCAGCCAGAGAGCUCAGUAUUUUGAAGAUCCGCACACAAAGAGGCAAAGUGUGACAGUCCCUUACGAGCCCCCACAGUUGGGCUCCGAGAUAACAACCAUCCUGCUCAGCUAUAUGUGCAAUAGUUCAUGCAUGGGCGGCAUGAACCGCAGACCCAUCCUCACCAUCCUGACCCUCGAGACCCCCGAGGGACUUGUUUUGGGCCGGAUGUGCUUUGAGGUGCGUGUCUGUGCAUGUCCUGGUAGGGACCGUAAAACUGAGGAAGAAAAUAGCACUAAGAUGCAGAACGGCACCAAACAAACAAAAAAACGCAAGAGCGCGCCGGCCGUGCCUUCACCUCGGGCUCCUGACACGACUUCUGUGAAGAAGUCCAAGUCUGCCUCCAGUGCAGAGGAGGAGGACAAGGAUGUGUAUGUUUUGCAUGUUCGUAGUCGCGAGCGUUAUGAAAUGCUUAAGAAAAUUAAUGAUGGUCUGGAUUUGCUGGAAAAAGAAAGCAAAACCAAGACCAAAGUUUCUGUGAAACAUGAGUUUGCUCUGCCUUCCAGCGGAAAGAGAGUCCUGCAAAGAGGAGAGAGGAGCGACAGUGACUAAGAUCUAAGAUUAUGGAAAAAAAAAAAAAAAAAAAGUCCUUCUCCCUCCAAGCCAUCCGGCCAUCACCUUCUGCAUCAGUACGCAAGGAAAAACAAAUAACUGCUGCUUGACCAUUUAUUGUACUGCAAGUUCUGUACAGUGUUAUGCUGUUUAUGUUAGCAAAUGAAUAAAGGUUUACUAGAUUAUGCAGAGGAGAGCAUUAUAUAGUGUAGACAGCACUGCCUCCUCGAUGCCCUUAUUGCAUUUAAAUACAAUACUUUGCAUGAAAUAGGAUAUCAGGACUUAAAAUCAGGAGGGACUGUAUCUGAUCAGUGUUAAUGCAGGGUUUUAAUGAUUCCAUUUUUCAGGACUCAUACAAGUCACUGCCAUUUGUUUAAAGUUGCGCUUGUAAAACUGGAAUGGAUGUUUACCUCCAUUAUUUUUGCUUUAUUAUUCUCUUUUUGGGUGUCUGAGAUGUCUCAUUGAGAAAGUUGGAUGGGCCCAAAUGGAUAAGUUCUGAUUAGAUGUCCUAUGCAAGCAGACCUAAAAAUGAAAGUUAGAAGCACAGGCCAGAAUACAGACUGCCUGUGAGUCUGGCUGCCUACAAAACUCAGUUUUUAUUAUUAUUUUAUUACAUUUUAUCACUGUUUAUUUCCAAGGAUCUGUGUGACAUCAGCGGCCUUGCCUUUUCAAUGGUGAUUCCGUUUGCAGGGAGCAUGUACGGUUAUGAUUUUUUGUGAAAAUUAACAGAUUUGGUAGAUGCAGGGCUGGCUGGAUCACCCCAAAAGCUAAUCAACUUUUAGUAUUUGUAACUUUUUAUAUACAGUAAA